CUAGGCCUACAUCAAUGCUUACAGGCAUGCUUACACCUUGAUGUUGUAGUCAGGAAUAUAUCUGGCUUGUCCAAAAAUAUCAAAUUGCUGCAAUCUUACGAAACGUGGUCCGCAGCGAAAUUACAUUAGAAACAUGACAUGAUUUCACAGACAAUUGCACAUGCAGCAGUUGAGGGAGAGGGCGACGUUGUUUGUUGACAUCCGGAUUGUGUGAAUUUCUGGAAAUAUGUCCAAGAAAAGGGGCAGAAAGCGUAGCAGCGGCGAGCUGAGUGAGAGUUCGGGUUUGUCUCUGUCGUCGACCCUAGACCCUAACAACCUGCUGGGCCUGCGGAUUGAGCACAAUUGGAGGGAGAAGGGCAACCUGACCAAGUGGAAAGGCACAGUGCUGGAGCGCCUCACCGUCAACACCUCCCUGUACAUGGUCAAAUACGACGGCUUCGACUGCGUCUAUGGCAUCGAGCUGUUCAAAGACGAGCGGGUGUCCAACCUGCAGGUUUUAACAGAGAAAGUUGUAAACAACAAGAUCAAGGUGCCCCACGAUGCGCCAGAGCUGGUGGGCAAGGCUGUGGAGCACCUGUUUGAGAAGGAGGACGGUGAGAAGAAUGAGUGGAGGGGCAUGGUGCUAUCUCGCGCCCCCAUCAUGACCAACUGGUACUACAUCACCUAUGAGAAGGACCCUGUGCUCUACAUGUACCAGCUCUGGGACGACUAUAAGGACGGAGACCUCCGCAUCCUCCCUGAAGCUGAGAACAAACACCUGCUGCCUGCGGACAGGAAGCCAGGCGAGGAGACAGAGAGCCUUGUGGGUAAGCAGGUGGAGUACGUCACUGAUAAGGGCGUGAAGAGGACUGGGCUGGUUAUCUACCAGGUUCCCGCCAAACCCUCCGUCUACUACAUCAAAUACGACGACGACUUCCACAUCCACGUUUAUGACCUUGUCAAAACCACCUAGAAUACAACUUGACCUUGUCACAACCACCUAGAACACAACUAGACCAUGUCAAAACCACCUAGAAUACAACUAGACCUUGUCAAAACCACCUAGAAUACAACUUGACCUUGUCAAAACCACCUAGAAUACAACUUGACCUUGUCAAAACCACCUAGAAUACAACUUGACCUUGUCAAAACCACCUAGAAUACAACUAGACCUUGUCAAAACCACCUAGAAUACAACUAGACCUUGUCAAAACCACCUAGAACACAACUAGACCUUGUCAAAACCACCUAGAAUACAACUAGACCCGGUCAAAACACCUAGAAUACAACUAGACUCGGUCAAAACCACCUAGAAUACAACUCGACUCGGUCAAAACCACCUAGAAUACAACUCGACUCGGUCAAAACCACCUAGAAUACAACUAGACCUUAUCAAAACCACCUAGAAUACAACUAGACCUUGUCAAAACCACCUAGAAUACAACUAGACCCGGUCAAAACCACCUAGAAUACAACUCGACUCGGUCAAAACCACCUAGAAUACAACUCGACUCGGUCAAAACCACCUAGAAUACAACUAGACCUUGUCAAAACCACCUAGAACACAACUAGACCUUGUCAAAACCACCUAGAAUACAACUAGACCCGGUCAAAACACCUAGAACACAACUAGACCCGGUCAAAACCACCUAGAAUACAACUAGACCUUGUCAAAAACACCUAGAAUACAACUAGACCUUGUCAAAACCACCUAGAAUACAACUAGACCUUGUCAAAACCACCUAGAAUACAACUAGACCCGGUCAAAACCACCUAGAAUACAACUCGACUCGGUCAAAACCACCUAGAAUACAACUAGACCCGGUCAAAACCACCUAGAAUACAACUAGACCUUGUCAAAACCACCUAGAAUACAACUAGACCCGGUCAAAGCCACCUAGAAUACAACUCGACUCGGUCAAAACCACCUAGAAUACAACUCGACCCGGUCAAAACCACCUAGAAUACAACUAGACCUUGUCAAAACCACCUAGAAUACAACUCGACUCGGUCAAAACCACCUAGAAUACAACUCGACUCGGUCAAAACCACCUAGAAUACAACUCGACUCGGUCAAAACCACCUAGAAUACAACUAGACCUUGUCAAAACCACCUAGAAUACAACUAGACCCGGUCAAAACACCUAGAACACAACUAGACCCGGUCAAAACCACCUAGAAUACAACUCGACUCGGUCAAAACCACCUAGAAUACAACUAGACCCGGUCAAAACCACCUAGAAUACAACUCGACUCGGUCAUAACCACCUAGAAUACAACUCGACCCGGUCAAAACCACCUAGAAUACAAAUUAGACCCGGUCAAAACCACCUAGAAUACAACUAGACCUUGUCAAAACCACCUAGAAUACAACUAGACCUUGUCAAAACCACCUAGAAUACAACUCGACUCGGUCAAAACCACCUAGAAUACAACUCGACCCGGUCAAAACCACCUAGAAUACAACUAGACCUUGUCAAAACCACCUAGAAUACAACUAGACCUUGUCAAAACCACCUAGAA